GCUCUCGCGAGCGGUCGCGUUUGUUUCUACCUACCCCUCGCGGCUCCACGUGACUGGCUCGCCGUCUCACCUGCCUGGGAGGAGGGGCUGCGAGGGGGACCCCGGGAGCCUGGAGCUUCGCCUCGGGAUGAACUCAGUGGUCUUUGCGGAUGUGGCUGUGAACUUCACCCCAGAAGAGUGGGCUUUGCUGGAUCAUUCUCAGAGGAAGCUCUACAGAGAUGUGAUGCUGGAGACCUGCAGGAACCUGGCCUCGGUGUAUUGUUACACUCAAGUUAAAACCAGUGACUCUAGUUCUCAGAAGAAUAUUUUGGACAAUGAAAUACUCACUGAAGAGAAAACAGUAAGACUUACAAGAAAUGAUUUUUGGUCAGUUUUUGGUGAGAACCAGCUGCUUAAUAACAGUGGAGAUCAGCGUCUAACCCAGGAGAUGCCUUUUGGAAAUCAUUUGCAGGAGGGUCUCUGUGGAACUAAUGAAGCUAAUCAAUGUGGACACACACUGAACCGAAUUACAAAUCUCUCUGUGCAUGAGACAGAUUUGACUGGACUUCACCCCAGUGAAUGCACUACAUCUGGAAAAGUCUUCCUGGAAUGUUCUUUCCUUCAGCAUCAGGAAAGAUCUCAAACUGGACACAAGCCUCACCCAUGUGGGGAACAUCAGCAAGCCUGCAGGUGUGUCUCACACCUAGGUACUCAGGUGGAAACAGACCCUGUAAAGAAACCCUACCAAUGUCAGGAUACUGGGGGUGUACCUAAGAGAUACAUGAACAACUUGAGCAGUAAAAAAAUUCUUUUUGAGUGUGAGAAAUGCGGAAAAGCUUUAAGUUGUUCCUCUUCCCUUCAAGAUAAUGUAAGGACGCACAGUGGAGGUAAAUCCUAUGAAUGUAAGCAGUGUGGCAAAGUCUUCAGGUUUCCCUCAUCCCUGAGAAAACAUGUGAGAAUUCAAACUGGAGAGAAAGCUACUGUGUGUAAGCACUGUGGCAAGGCUUUCAGUUGUUAUCCCUCUUUUCAAAGACAUAUGGAAACACACAGUGGGGAGAAACCCUAUGAAUGUAAGCAGUGUGGAAAAGCCUUCAGGCGGUUGUCAUCCCUACAAGAACAUGCAAGAAUCCACUCUGGAGAGAAACCCUAUGUGUGUAAGGAAUGUGGGAAAGCCUUCGGUUAUCGCUGCAACCUUCAAGUACAUGGUAGAAUUCACAGUGGGGAGAAACCCUAUGUAUGUAAGGAGUGUGGGAAAGCCUUCAGUCAGCCAAGCUCUUUUAAAAAUCAUGUGAGAACACACAGUGAGGACAGACCCUAUGAAUGUAAGGAGUGUGGGAAAAGAUUCAGGAUUUCCACCCACAUGCGAGAACACAAGAGAACACACACUACACAGAAACCCUAUGAAUGUAAGGAGUGUGGGAAAGCCUUUAGAUGUCAAGCCUCCCUUCAAGUACAUGCAAGAAUGCACACUGGGGAGAAACCCUAUAAAUGUAAGAAGUGUGGGAAUGCCUACAUUUAUUAUUCAUCUCUUCAAACUCAUGUGAAAAUGCACACUGGGGAGAAACCUUAUGAAUGCAAGGAGUGUGGGAAAGCUUUCAGUUGUCACUCCCACCUUCGAGAACACGUAAGAACACACACUGGGGAGAAACCCUAUGAAUGUAAGGAGUGUGGAAAAGCCUUCAGUUGUCACUCCCAUCUUCGAGUACAUGUGAGAAUGCACACUGGGGAGAAACCCUAUGAAUGUAAGGAGUGUGGAAAAGCCUUCAGUUCUCACUCUCAUCUUCGAGUACAUCUGAGAACACACACUGGGGAGAAACCCUAUGAAUGUAAGGAGUGUGGGAGAGCUUUCAGUUAUUCAUCAUCACUGCAGCGACACAUGAGGAAGCACAGUCAAGACAAACCCUGUGAAUAAGAGGAAUGUGGGAAAGCCUCAUCAUGCCUCCCUUUGAGUACAUGCAAGAAUGCACACUGGGGAGAAACCCUAGUAUACAAGGAGUGUGGGAAAGGAUCAGUUCUCACCCCCGCCUUUGAGAACAUGUGAGAAUACACGCUGCAAAGUAAAACCUUAUGAAUGGAAAGAAUAUGCCAAAAUCCUCAGUGUCUUAAUUAUUUAGUAUGUGGAAACUCAGCAGGAAAGUAAUCUUAUAACUUAUAAAUAUGCUCUUGCCUUCGUAAGUGCCUCUUCAUUAAUAGGGAUCCUAUUUCAGUUCUAGUUCAUGUUCUUGAUUGAAGAUUCAAUGACUAGGCUCCUAUAUCUCCCAUCUUCUGUGCUACAUAUAUUUUGUUUAAAUAAUUGUAAAAUUAUAUAUAAUUAGUCUCAUUUUUAAUGCAAUGUCUUUUUGAUAGGUGACAAGUUAGGUAUUCUUUUCAUGUGUAAGUUGACAUACUUUUACUGUGUUUCUAGUAUGCGAUCAUGACAUGAGACCUGUAUUGUUGAAAUUUUUUUUCUGGUCUACUGUUACAUAUACUAGAAUUUUCUGACUCCAUAUGUAUUCUCUGCUUCAGUCUUUAUGAUUGAAACAUGUAUCUUUGACAUUGUUUGUUGGCAGCGAAUACCACAUCUGUGUUUCUCACAGAAAUUAGUAAUUGCUGUAGAAUCUUGGGGGGUGGGGGGACAGUCUUGUCUGAUCAUGUUUAUAAUUUUACCUCUGCUUAUUGGCCUUGAUAUUGUUUGGAAGUUGAACAGGAUACAUUGAGUUACUAAGAGAUCUUGUGGCAUUACAAUAAAAAGUCAUGUCCAGAUGGUUUUACAACA